AUGGCGGCCGAAGAGUUUGUAGUCCUGGAAGGCACCCAUUUCGAAGGGGGCGGCGGACUCAUUCGGGAUGUCCUAUCCUUUUCUAGCCUACUCAAUCGAAGUGUGCAGGUCAAUUCUAUACGCGCAAAUAGACCAGGUAUCGGCGGGCUACGUGUUGAACACACUGUCGCCAUUGAAACUAUGGCAUACCUCACUGGAGCAGUCGUAGAAGGUAACGCGAUUGCAAGCCGACAGCUUGUUUUUAAGCCGCACCAGGAUCCUAAAGCAGGGGUCAUCGAAGAUGGGAAGCAUCUGGACAUAACUGUUGAGGGCUCAGCCGCGAUUUUCAUGAUUGCCAUGAUACCAUACAUCCUUUUCUCACACCUGGGGGCUGCCGCCUACAUCCAACCGAUCAUCCCUAAGGCUGGGAUUGAGUUAACCAUCAGAGCAGGGACGCUUUGUGUCAAAGCUCCAUCUUACCACAAUGUUGUGGAAGUCCUGCUACCUACUCUGAAGGCGAUUGGGAUUAGUGAGGAUUUCAUCAAGCUUGACACAAGUUACGAACAAGGAUGGCAUACCGACUAUGUCAAGAUUCCUGGACGUAUAAAGCUCUGGGUCAAGCCACUUCAAAUCCCAUUGAAGGCUUUCAUCCUGGAGAAGCGAGGGGAGAUAUCAAUUAUUCGUCUCAUCGCUCACGCGCCAGAGGACGAAUACCAGGAGUUUGGGGCUACAGUGAAGAAGGAAAUUGAAGAAGCUUUCCACCAACGCAGUAGCAGUCCAAAUCCCAAGCUCGACAUACAGGUUCAAACAUUUCAAUCCUCGGUUCCCGAUCAAUACCACCUUCUUUUGGUUGCAGAGACAGUAGAUCCUAACGCGAGAAUUGGAUACGAAGAAGUGUUUCCGCAGAAGUCGGGUUUUCCUGAGGGGCUGGCUCUUGAUAAGGAUAGGCUGUUCAAACACCUCGCACGAGUCUGCAUUCGCGGUCUAAUCAACGAGCUCAGGUCGGGUAAUGCUGUGGAUGAGAAUAUCGAGGAUAUGCUUGUGAUCUACCAAAGCCUUGCGAACGGAUUUUCUUCUGUGACUGCGCCCGGAAAUGCAAGACUAGUUACCGAAGAUCCCAGACUAAGGGUGCCUCUAGAGAUGCCGAGCGAUGACUAUGAUUUUGACACAAAGACUCUGCACCGAGAGACGGCUUAUUGGGUUGCCAAUACAAUGGCUGGCGUAACCUUCACAGAGAAAGACGGAAGAAAAGGCUGCCAUGGGGUUGCACUGGGGAGUAUGCACUAAAGGUAAAGUCCUCUCCACAUAUCAGUACCUAGGCUCUACUAGACUAAGUGCUUAAAAACUCGCUUCUACUCACUUUAUCCCAAGUUUUUAUCCCAAGUUUUAUUUUACUAGCUGAAGUAUAAUUUCGCCUUCGAUAUGUAACAAAAUGACAUUGGCUUUACUUUCAGCGAGUUCUGCGC